AUGGCACAAAAGUCUAAGACCGACUGGGAAAGGGACUGGGAGUCAGCUGGAUUGAGUCCUUGCAGUCCUCACGAAAAAACACGUAAUCAGUACUCCAAGUGGGCUACUCGCUACGACAAGGAACUUACAGAUAACAUGGGAUACGUGGCGCCGAAGAUAGCAGCUGAGACACUGACAAAAUGGGUGAAAGUCAAAGAUGCCCGAAUACUAGAUGCAGGUGCAGGGACGGGGUUGGUUGGAAAAUGCCUCCAACAACUAGGAUAUAACAACCUGGAUGCACUUGAUAUCUGCCCUGAGAUGCUUGAAAUUGCCGAGAAAAAAGGUGUAUACAAGAAUAUGUAUGUCGAUAUUCUUGGUGGUCCUAACCCAAUCCAACUGCCGUCAAACCAGUAUGAUGCAGUGCUAUGUGUUGGAGUUAUUGAGCACCUCGGUCCCCUUGUGUUAGAUGAACUGAUCAGGAUCACCAAACACAAUGGUAUUAUUGUCUUCACCCUGCGCGUCGACAUCGCAGAAGAUCCAGAUGAAGUUGAUUUCAAACAGACACUGCCAAAGAUAGAAUCCGAACACAAAGUGAUACUUCUUGCCAAACCUCGCACUGCUUAUCGUGAUCUUACCGAUUGCUUUAUGUAUACUUACAGAGUACUGAAAGGAACUGAAUAA